AUGAAGCAAAGCCUGGACAUGGAGAAUGUCACAACAUCGGAAAGGAAUCUCUUAAAAAAAAAACUAAUUGCACACCACGGGCGACAAGACCCAGAACACUCCAGCUGGAGCAGCUCGAAGGGAGGACGGAAGAAGAAGACAGAAGAGAGGAAGAAACCAGAAGCGAAACUGAAGAAACGCGUAAAGCAGAAAAAGCAGGUGCCAAGGCCCGAGAAGUCAGUCAGCAAACCCCUCAUGGACACUCUGUGGGCGAGGUUUAAAUCAAGACUGCUCCCCACGGCGAAAGACUGUUACUUGCUGUCAUUUCAGUUCAGCUUGACAGAUAAGCAGAUCUUCCAAUGGUUUUGGGAAAAGAGGAAGAAAUACAAGGAAGAAAGGAAAACUGGACCUGCAGCAGAGCAAAAGAAACAGGACCCAGGCGAUGCAGACCCGCUGUGCUGAUACCUGAUGUCAGAGGAGACGGAAGUAAUGGAUUCAUGUUUGCGAUAAAGACCAGUAGACUUACUUGGAAGACAUUAAGUUACAAAAUUAAAAUUUAGCUAAGAAACACUGCCUCUGACAUGCGGUUUGAGAGAAUUUGACGGCUGGGUGGCGGUGGCGCAUGCCUUUAAUCCCAGCAC